AUGGCCUGCCAGAAUCAACCGGCAGCAGCCAUCCCAAGGAGCCAUAAGAAGUUAUCUUAGGCAGUCUUGCACACAAAAUGUAUGGAUGAUGAUGACAACAGAGUGUCGAAAAUACGACCCAAAUCAUCCGAUUCUGUUGAGUCGUACCCUGAAAGUAUGGGAGGCAACAACAGGGGCAUGGAUACGUUUUCUCCUUGUGACUCAAGUGUGGUGAGUCCCUCACAAAUAGGAUGUGCUAGGAAGGAAUGUAUGAUGAUGACUCCAGAAGAAAAGCUCAGACACUUUGAAAGCAGAUUUCAAGACCAUGAAGACAACCAACAAUUUGAUGCUUGCAUCCAGGACCUGGUGCGGUGUGUGGCACUGACGAGGCUGGUAUAUGGGGAUAGACACCUGAAACUAGCCCAGGCCCAUGCGAGACUGGCUAAAGCAUAUUUCCAGUUUAAAGGUUGGGGACUGCAGGCCCAAGAGCACUCAUUGCUGGCCAGAGAGCUGCUGACUUUCUGCCCCUCCAUCUCCUCCUGCAGAGAUGAAAAACUAGAGGUUCUCUCAUGUCUGCUGAGCAUAAGUCUUACACAGGGGGGUGCUGCACUGCUUUCUGCUAAUCUCGAGGAGGCAGAAUUAUCCUAUCUGGAAGCAAAACGAAUUAUUGAAGAGCUUCAUCAACACGGAGGAAUCGGGGAGGAAGAGAAGAUCAAGUCUGACCUGGAGAUCUCCACUGGUCUAUCUAGGGUCCAUAAGAGACAGAACAGACCAGAGGAAGCUUUGAGCCAGUGUGAGAAGUCUCUGCAAUUGCUUAAGGAUUGUGGAAAGCCAGAAAAGACCACCUCUGUCUAUAGGGACAUGGCUGCCAUUGAACAGGACAUGGGUCAUUUGGACAGAGCAAUAGAGCAUCUCUCUAAGGCUCAUGCCAUUACUAUGAGUCACUGCCCAGAGGAGCUAGAGAGGGCUCAGAUCUCUCACAGCCUGGCCCUCAUCUUUUCUGCAACUGCAGAGCCCCACCACAAUGACUCUGCAGGUCACCACUUUGAGCAGAGCCUAAGUUCAUACCAGAACUCUGUAGGUCUGGAGGAUCCAGCCUUUCUCGCUGUCCAGGAUGACUUCUGUCGCUUUCUCCUCCUCAAUGGACAGCAAGAGAGAAGUGUGGAGAUCCAGAGAGCCUCUCUCAAUUCAAAGAAAUCUACAUUUGGUGAUUUGAGUGCUGAGGUAGCAGACACCCUUCAGCUGAUAGGAAGUUUGGAAAUGAGUGAUGGCAGAAUGAAGCAGGCUCACGGGACCAUGACAAAGUGCCUGGAGAUCCAGAGUUUGCUAUAUGGCCCUCAGCACAAGAAGACAAAAGCUACACAAAAAGCUGCAGACAUGUUGGCCCGGGCACCAGAGGUGGCUGAGAGCCUGCAGAGGCAAGGUAGAAGGAAGACAAAAUCUCAAAUGUUUUCAGCUCUACCAUCCAGUGGCAAAGAGGGUAGCAUAUCUAAUUUUUCAAAAAAUAAUCCUCUCUCUUUUAUGUCACUCGAAUAAUCCUGAUGGUUUGGACCAAGACCUACUCAUAUCAACUGUUUCAAGAAAUUAGUCUGUCUGUUAUCACUACUAUCAUAUACUGGCAGCUAACUCUGCUCAAAAUUAGAAUUGCUCUAAUUUUGUCCCUGGAAGUACAUGAUCUGGUUGUCAUUUUGUACAGGUGAAAUAACUUGACUUUAAAGAAAUACUCACGCUCAGAAAACAUUCCCACAGCAGUUUUUAAUUAUGUUACCAUGUGAAACAAUUUCCAAAGAAUCUUAAUCAGAAAAAAAUAUAAUGUUAUUUGUUCAAUGUAAAUCAUUAUGUCAAUAAAAGCAAUAAUGUUGUGCUCUCCAGGGUAAACACUCGGUCAUUAAACAAUCUUCAUUCAUAAGUAGACUUUUCUGUAUUCUCAUGUACACUAAUAUGUUAAUGCUAUGAAAUGACAUAAACAGUAGUAUCCAGAUAACAUUGUGUACAUACUGUGCAUAUUAAGGAAAAGAGAAUUUCCUUAUUUAGCUACAAUUGAAGUACAAUGAUGUGACAGGUUUUUUUUUGGUUCAAAUUACUGGUUUGCAGACCAGAAAAAUGUAUGAAAAUAUGCUGUGUGGGCACUUGAAAAUAAAACAUUGUUUUUCUAGUUUCAUUUUAUGGAUUUACAAUUAACAUGCUAAUUGUCAACUUAGAAGCAUAAAAUUCACACUCACGAUUUUUCAAAAUGAUAGUGCCAAACAGGCAAUUUGAGAAGACGGUGCUCAGUAGUUAGUGUAAGUGUAAAUUAUGCAUCCGUGCAACAUGUGUAACCACACUGUAAUCAUAUUGGAAGAUUUCUGCUUCUGCAACUAGAACAGAACACAACAAACCCUGGUGAACACUCAGUGUCACUAAGCUGAUGAUCCAAAAAUAGUCGUGGUCAACAACACACUCUUAUGUCAGAGCAAAGGUGAAUCCUUCAAGCCAACGCUGUGAUGAAACAAUGUGUACAAGCAAACAGCUUUUAGACAAGACAUACAUCAAACCCAGAUGUGAUUAUGUUUUCUUUGAUAACACUAUCGCUGCGUUAUUUUACCUUUAUAAAUGUUCUUCUAGUUUCUUUUCUUUCUUGCGUCAUACCAUUUCCUUACACGUAUUCAGGUCAAAAUAUUUAAUGUUGGGUGAAUAAAAACAUGGUAUUGACACAUACCAAGUAAAGAUAUAGAUUUUUUUUUUUAGAAAAUUGUAGCUUCAUAUAUCAGAAAUGUAAUUAUAUAUAU